CAGUCGGUGACGGAGUGGAGCUUGGAGCAGCAGAUCCAGAAGCUCGGGGACGGUUCUGGUGUUGUGGAGCAGCUUCCAGCAGCAGCCUGGUUGAAAUGAAGCUCUGACAAAGAUCAUAUAUCUGACAGAUGAGCUACUGGACGAUUUUGAGUUUUUACUGAAAACCCGAGACGUCUUCUGGGACCGGUCCUGUCAAGGGACGUCUGCUCCACAUCACACUGAGACACGAUGCAGUUCAUCCUGAGGACGCACCAUGUGAUCACACUGGUGCUCUGGGUUUCAGCCUCUGAAGACUUCGACUGGACCAAGAACGAGAAAACAUCUUUCUACUAUGGAACCUUCCCUACUGGUUUCUCGUGGGGGGUGGGCAGCUCGGCCUAUCAGACUGAAGGAGCGUGGAACAUCGAUGGAAAAGGAGCGAGCAUCUGGGAUUCGUUCGCCCACAGGAAGGGGAAGAUAUUCCUGAAUGACACCGGAGACUCGUCGUGUGAGGGAUACUACAAAUUCAAGGACGACGUCACGUUGAUGAAAGACAUGAAGCUGAAUCAUUAUCGUUUCUCCGUCUCCUGGCCGAGGAUCUUACCAAGCGGACUGAAAAGCGAACGCAUCAAUGAGAAAGGAAUCAAAUAUUACGACGACCUGAUCAACAUGCUGCUGGCCAAUAAGAUCACACCUGUGGUCACUCUGUACCACUGGGACUUACCUCAGGUCCUACAGGAGAAAUACGGCGGCUGGCAGAACGUCAGCAUGGUCGACUACUUCAACGACUUUGCCAACUUGUGCUUCGAGCGAUUUGGAAACCGAGUGAGGAACUGGAUCACCUUCAACAAUCCGUGGUCGAUUGCUGUGGAGGGAUAUGAGACAGGGGAACAUGCACCGGGGCUGAAGCUGAAGGGAACCGGAGCGUACAGGGCUGCCCACCACAUCAUCAAAGCUCAUGCUAAGGUCUGGCACACGUAUGACACACAGUGGAGGAGCAAACAAAAAGGCCUGGUGGGGAUCUCUCUAACAGCGGACUGGGGGGAACCAGUGGACGUCACCAACCAGAGGGACAUCGAAGCAGCAGAGAGAUACAUCCAGUUCUACAUGGGCUGGUUUGCGACUCCCAUCUUCAACGGGGAUUACCCCCAAGCGAUGAAAGAUUACGUCGGCAGGAAGAGCGGCCAGCAGGGCCUGGGAGCUUCACGCCUCCCCGUCUUCUCACCUCAGGAGAAGAGCUACAUCCGAGGAACCUGUGACUUCCUGGGCCUCGGACAUUUCACCACCCGCUACAUCACCCAGAAGAAUUACCCGUCGGGCGUGGGGGACAGCUACUUCGCUGACCGUGACCUGGCUGAGCUGGUUGACCCCAAGUGGCCCGACCCCGGCUCCGAGUGGCUCUACUCGGUCCCCUGGGGCUUCAGACGCCUGCUGAACUUUGUCAAGACUCAGUAUGGAAACCCGAUGAUCUACGUGACAGAGAACGGCGUCUCAGAGAAGAUGCUCUGCACCGACCUCUGUGACGACUGGAGGAUGCAGUACUUCAAAGACUACAUCAACGAGAUGCUCAAAGCGGUUAAAGACGGGGUCAACAUCAAGGGCUACACAGCCUGGUCGCUGCUGGACAACUUUGAGUGGGACGAAGGAUUCUCCGAGCGGUUCGGCCUGUACUACGUGGACUUCAGGAACAAGAACAAGACACGUUACCCCAAGGCCUCGGUCCAGUUCUAUAAACGCAUCAUCAGCUCCAACGGCUUUCCCAACCAGAGAGAGGUGGAGAGCUGGAAGAGGAAAGCUGUGGAGACCUGUUCCUCCAGUAACCAGCUCCUGGCUGCAGAUCCGUUGAUCGGUCACAUGGAGAUGGUCACAGAGAUCGUGGUUCCCACCGUGUGCACGCUCUGCAUCCUGCUCAGCGCCGUCUUCCUCAUGUUCCUGCUGCGUGGACGCCUCUGAAACACACACACACACACACACACACACACACACACACACACACACACACACACACACACACAAAUAGGGACUCAACUUCUGUAAAACUUCAUUUUGUUGAUGUAACUGUGCGGCUGCUGGUUUUUAUAAACAGCCUGAACUCGUCACGACUCUGGAGGAAUUCAUUUGAGUUUGGUGUAUGAUGAUGAUGAAGAUGAUGAUGAAGAAGAGGAUGAUUAAGAUGAUGAUGGUUAUUUAUUACUGUUUUCAACACACUGCUCUUGUUUGGUUUUGGAUGAAGCUGAAGUUGGACUUCAGGCUUCUGGCAGCAGAGAGGACCUGGUUCACUGUCACAGAAGAAUCAAUAAAGAACUGAGGAUGA